CAAUAAAAGGGUAAUUUUUGUCCCACUAGUCGGGGGUAAAACGAAGAUCGUAGACGAGAGCAGUUCAAGAAACGUGAAACGCAGUUACUGGUCGGUGUCGGUACAAACUUCAACAUGAAGAUUCUCGUGGCAAUUUUAUUGGUCGUGGCUAUCCGUGAAAGCACCGCGGGGUCAUGUGAUAACUGUCUUUGCCUCGACUGCAACCACGGUACCUGCGCUGUCAUUCGUGGCACAGCGUUCUGUUUCUGUGACACGGGCUACACUGGAACGUACUGCGACGUGGUGGAUCCAAAUAGACCAGUCGUGAGUGAUCCCUGUGACCCAAACCCAUGUCAGCAUAGCGGGUAUUGCAACGCCUUCGGUAAUAGCUUCACGUGUACCUGCGUAUCUGGUCGCAGAGGCAUCACCUGCCAAGACGUGACCAACCUCACUCCUUGUCAGGUUGCCGCUGAAGACCUGGGUAGAGAUCCAUGCCCAAUGCAGACAUGCAUCUCAAUACAAACAGGUUACUACUGCAGUUAAAGAAUGAAAUGAAAUGACUGAAGGUGGUUGCCAUCAAGCAUAGACAACUGAAAGCAAGGAUAAACAAGAUGACUACGGAUUUUCAGACUUUAAUAUGCAUGUAACACCGGUUGUUAAAAUGAACAUUUCGCCUAUACUAUACCUAAAAGCAAUGAUUUAUGGAAACUGUCAUAGAAAAUACUUGCACAUCAGUUUCAACUGAGUCAGUGUUUGUUUUCAAAUACUUUCGGACUGUUACUUUAGGUUUUUUGAGCUGAUGUGUGUAGGCCUAGUGGGAAUGAAACAAUUUUGCUAAGAAAUAAUAGAGUAGCCUCUACUCCUUGCUUUUGUAUGCUGGGCCAUUGAAAUUCUUCUGCUAAAUUCUCGUCAUGUCACCAGAACACAAAGGAGACGAAAUUCUCCCUGAAAUGGUCCCAAAUGACUAAGAUAAUUCUCAAUGUUUGCUGCUAUCCAUGCAUAAUGAUUUCCUGUUACAUUUUCUGCGCAAUAAUCCUGUGGGAAGCAGGCUCUAUCUAUCAUUCGAGCAGAGCGCCCUCUUAUGGCAAAUUUCGUAAAACUCUUUGUAUGAUACGGCUGACAGUUCCCCCUAAAUAUGAACUUCAACCCAUUUCCUGGGCUCUUACACACGGCAAAUGAUUGUUUUUUGUCACUUUGCGUUUCUAAAGAAUUAAAAAGGUGUACUGAGUUAAA